AUGAGAUACGGGGUACGAAGCUCAGCACGGCCCAGAACUUGGGAGUCAGGCCCAGGCAGAGGUCUGGAAGGCGGGCGCCCGUGCCAGCAUCAGCCCGGCCGGGACGUCUAGAAGGAAUGGGAGAUAGGGGUGCGCCCUGGCCCCUGAAGCACUCUCCCGCCGAACUGGCCGAACCCCGCGGGAGGGUCGCAGUUGUCACGGAGUGCGCGCAGGUCGCCCACAAGGCUUUGUCUCCAGGGCCUCGGCCCCUGUUACCUUAUCCCCCUCGCGGGAUCCGGGAGCCCUGACUCUCUGCGUCUGGGGUUCUGGUGCUUAAGUUUCCCCCUUUGCCACAUCUGAAAAUGACAACCAGCUCGAAAAUGACAACCAGCUGUACCCACCGCUCUGCUGGGAAAGCCAACGCCAGGCCUUUUUUUUCCCUCUUUGCCCCCGCCCCGACCCCCCCUCAAAAAAAAAGUUUCCAGCAAAGAACUCCAUGUGAUUUGGUGUGAUCAAGACAUUAGUUUGGGAGGAAAAGGAUGCGUGAGAAUUUGGAGCCCAGAGUAAGGGGACAUGUAUGGUAAAAUAAAUACAACCGUCGGUCCAGCCUUGAUUUCCAGUACCUAUUUAUUAUGCAUCUGGUGUUUUUAUUUGAAUCCACAGGUGAUGGCGCAAAUCCUGAAGGAUAUGGGCAUUACAGACUAUGAACCAAGGGUUAUAAAUCAAAUGUUGGAAUUUGCUUUCCGAUAUGUGACUACAAUUCUGGAUGAUGCAAAAAUUUAUUCAAGCCAUGCUAAAAAACCUAAUGUUGAUGCAGAUGAUGUGAGACUGGCAAUCCAGUGUCGUGCUGACCAGUCUUUUACCUCUCCUCCUCCGAGAGAUUUUUUAUUGGAUAUUGCAAGGCAGAAAAAUCAAACCCCUUUACCACUGAUUAAGCCAUAUGCAGGACCAAGACUGCCACCUGACAGAUACUGCUUAACAGCUCCAAACUAUAGGCUGAAGUCCUUGAUUAAAAAGGGACCUAACCAAGGAAGACUAGUUCCACGGUUAAGUGUUGGUGCUGUUAGUAGCAGACCUACCACUCCUACUAUAGCGGCCCCACAAACAGUAUCUGUCCCAAAUAAAGUUGCAACUCCAGUGUCAGUGGCAAGCCAAAGGUUUACAGUGCAGAUUCCACCUUCUCAGUCCACACCUAUCAAACCAGUUCCCGCAACAACUGCAGUUCAAAAUGUUCUGAUUAAUCCUUCAAUGAUGGGGUCCAAAAAUAUUCUUAUUACUACCAACAUGGCUUCAUCACAGAACACGACCAAUGAAUCAAACCCAUUGAAGAGAAGACAUGAUGAUGAUGAUGAUGACAAUGAUAUUAUGUAAGGAGUAUAAUCUAGCCUAGGUGCAUUUCAAAAGUAUAAUUCGUUUUGAGCCCAGUAUAUUGGAAUAGAACAUUCUAUAUCUUCUCAAGUUUUAUCCUAGAAAAACGUAGCUGCAGUAUUUUUCACUUUAGCUAAAAAUUUAAUUUCUUUAUAGUAAGAGUAGAAGCAUUUUUAUGUUAGGUUGUAAGUACAAAACAUUAAGAGUUGUUUCUUAAGAGUUUUAUUAAUGUUGAGUCCUAUGGCAGUUGUAUUUUUGGAAGUAAUUUUCUGCCAUGUAUCACUGACAACACACUUAAGUUUCAGUCUCUACAGUCUGGUCAGUGACUAGUCCUUGACAGCUAAUUUCUCAUUUACAUUUAAAUACUUUCUUUUUUAAGGUAAAUCGUUACUUUUAUUGUCACUAACUUUGACCAAAUCUCUCAAUUUAGGAAACACUUUUGUGGAGAAGAUAGAUUUAGAGUGAUCCUAAAUCCAUUUUGAAUGUAUUUUAAGUUGUUUUUUGGUCUUCUCUAACUUGUCACCUCCUCGGCUCCCUUUUCUAGAUCCCAUUCAUUUUCUGCAUUUUCCCCAGUAGGCUUAAGUUUCUCCCCAUCCCUCUUCAAAGGCCAGAACUGGAAAUGUAAAAAUAUUCUUCAUAAUACACCUUAUUUUCGGUUCUAAAGCAUGCCUCAUGUUCUGUGGUUUACUUUAACAUCAAGGUUUGCAUUUGCACUUAGUUUUUCUCUCUUUACCAAAGCAGUUUGGUCUUAUCCCUUGCCUUCUACACCUGUUGAAUCCAGUGCACUAUUACUGACAGGUAGUUUAGGGUUGGUUAUUUUCAGUCUUAUAUUCCAAGUUGAUAACUCCACCUAAUUUCAUAUUUCUAAGUGUAACAUAGAAGACACAACACGUUAUUAAAGAUCUGCCUUGAUAUAAGUAUAUUUACACUGGGCCCAGGCAAAACCACUGUGGAGUGAGCAUUUUCUUCCUUUCUAGCACAUGCACAUAUGCUUUGAUCACUACUGCUUCAACCCUCGUGUGGGUCUAACUCAGAUCAUUUUUCUAACUUAUUGCUAAGGAUCUCACAUAUAAUAUGGAAUCAAACCUGAAAGUAGAUUCUAACGCUUCUUCCUCUAUAAAGUUGAAAAGGAAAACAAAUCAGUGAUGUGACUUCCAUUUAGGGGCACCCUGCGUAGGUUUCUCAGUGUGGCUAUAUUGCUAAACACAUUUUUCCUAUUUUCCAUUUUUACACAUCUAAAAAUCUUAUUGGGAAAGAUUAUAAAGCUUUCAAAAAUAAAAACAGACCUGUUUUAUUUUGGUUAGUUUUUCAACUUAGGAAUACAUUUGCAGAAUUUUCUAAAAUUGUUUACUUCAUAAUUUCGAAUUUGUAGCCAAGGAAACUUAAAACACAGCAAGUUUUAUCUAAGGAUGGUUAUUAUAAUUAGUCUGAGCAGUAGUCCAGUAACAGGGUAGACAUGCCUCAUCACAGUUUGAGUGUUUUUAGAUGUUAGGGAAAGGUGGUAUAAAACUUAUAAAAACAGAUCUGAUCAUCAGAGGAGAGAAAUGUUGAGUAUAUGGCAUACGAUUUCAUUACUUGAAUGUUCUCAGGGAGGCAACAUGUAAGGCCUAGGUUCUAGUCCUGGCUUCAUCAUUUACCAACUAUGUGACCUUAUUUCACCUAUGAGCCUUGUUCUCCUCACCAGUAAUAGGCAGAUAACACCUACCCUGCCUACCUCACAGGGAUGUUGUGAGGGUUUCAUUGGUAUAUGUGAAAGCUCUUUCAGAAUUGUAAAUUGCUAUAUAAGUAAUUAUUAUUAUUUGUUCCAAGGUUAUUAAUAAUAAAUUGAUUAUUAUCAGUGUUUUUCAUUUUGUCUUUUAAGACAUUCCGUAAUUCUGAGAGCCAGCAAGCAAUUAAGAUUUGUUUAAUGAAUGAAUGAAGAGAAUUGCUUACUUCUAUCUCACAUCGGCAUGACUCAUGGUGAAACAAAAUAAAAAUGAAUCAAAUAUAGGGUUAAAUCUGUUAAAAGCAUAACAUUCUGUCUUUGGUGGGAAUUUGUGCUUACAGUUAGGCUUGCAACCUGAGUAGUCAUGCCCUUAAUAGGUUAGCUGGUGAAUGGUUUACUCUUUUAGAUGAAGACUCCUUUAUCUUGCAGAUCCUCCCUUCCCUAACUUUCCCAACUAAAUCUAGCUUUGAGAAUGACUUAAGACAGCUCUCUUCCUCUAUCUUCUAAGUGAAAUUAAAAAAAAAAAAGUACAGAUGAUGAAUGAGGUGUGGGCGUUGGCAUCCCAAGUUGUGCUUUUACAAGUAGGAAAUGAGCGUCAUUGAUCACAAUAUAAAUAUGGUAAUACAGCCAGCGUGGGGGAAAAUGGAAGAUCUCAUAUACACUAAGGUUCAAGGAAUCCAGAGAGAAAGAAGUGUCCUACUCAAUAGGUAGGAAAAGGUAACAGUGCAGUCAGAACAGCAGGCACAAACUGUGUGUAUAAUGUGUCCAAUAUGUAUAUAUCCAUCUAUGUGUGUGAGUGUACACACACACACGGAUAUGCCUUUUAUACUCAUUAAAUACCUCCAGAUAGAAGAAAACUGGUCUUACAGUAAUUGUUUAUGGGGAGAGAAACUGGUAGCUAGUGGACAAAGGUAGGAAAAACCCUUCUCAUCGUAUACCCCUUUUUGACUUCUGUAUCAUGUGCAAACCCCUUGGACAUAAAAGGAAAAAAAGCAGGAAAACAUUGAGCUAAAGGAUAGAUUGAAGCCUUCAUUUAUAACAGGAUUAUAGAUUUUUUUUCUGCAUAUAGGCAUACAUACAUUGGGGGUUAAAAGUGAAUUUCCCACUUAAGCCUAAGCCUUGCAGUAUUAUAAACAAUUCAUAAUUCUAUAUUAAAUCAGGAAGAACAUCCUUAUACUAGUCUAGUUUAUAUGCUCAUUAGAUGUUCUUUGUCUGGAACACCUUAUCCUCCACAACUAGGCUGUAAAUUCCUCCAGUAUAUAAAUUCUGUCUUACAGUCCCUUCAUCAUGUCCUAAGCACAUAGUGGGUCCUCAAAUAUUUGGCUAAUUUUGGAAGAACUAGAUGGUGCCCGGCUACCAGCGAUGACUGCCCUGACAGGGAACACAACAGAGAAUCCCUGAUGGAGCAGGAGAACGGUGGGGUGCAGAUUUCAAAUUCUCAUAAAAAGACCAGGCUUAAUGGACUAAGACUAGAGGGACCCUGGAGGUCAUGGUCUCCGGACACUUUGUUAGCCCAAGAUCGGAACAAUUCUCGAACUCAACUCUCCAGACAGGGACUGGACUGGACUAUACGAGAUAAUGAUACUGGUGAGGGGUGAGCUUCUUGGCUCAAGUAAACACGUGGGACUAUGUGGGCAACUCCUGUCUGGAGGUGCAAUGAGAAGGCAGAGGGGGCCAGAAGCUGGUUGAACGGACACGGGGAAUACAGGGUAGAGAGGAGGAAUGUGCUGUCUCAUUAGGGAGGGAGCAGCUAGGAUUACACAGCAAGGUGUGUAUAACUUUCUAUAUGAGAGACUCGAUUUGUAAACUUUCACUUAAAGCACAAUAAAUAAUAAAAAUAUUUGGCUACUUUUGCCAAGUUUUUCCAUGACUGGAGUUUCCCCAUUCAUUUUCUGGAUUAAUAACCCAAAUGGGGCAGAUACUAGAAGUAGAUUCUAGUAGAAAGUACUUAAAAGGUAAUCAGAGAUUAAAAAAAAAAAUGGCUAUCAGGGAUUUUAAAGAAAAAGGUUAUCGGGGAUUAAUGGAUGACUUGGCAAUUGUAGAGUCUAGGUGCUGGGUUUAUGGGUGUUUGCAGUUUUUUCAAAACCUCUAUACAUUUGAAAUUUUUCAUAAUAAAACGUUGGGGAAAACGUAGUCAGGGGGAAAAAAGGUAUCAGUUUACUUAAAUUCUAGCUCAACUGUGACAUUAAUUUGUUGGAUCUGUGGGUAGCAUGAACCUCUGGGCCUCAUAUGUAAAAAGACUAGAAUUCCUGCCUCUCAAACCAGAGUACUUUUAGAGGUGUGCACAAACAUGGUGCAUCUACACAGAAUGUCAAUUGUAUUCAACCAAGUUAAAACACAUUAAAAUUAACUAAAAAUAUGGGUACAGUAUUAACUAAAAAACAUUUUUCAGAAAAAAAAU